GCCCUGGGGGCUCGCAGGCGCGACGGCUUCCUCGUGUUGUGGCAACUCAUCGCGCCACCCCAUGCGCUCCCGUGGGGACAUCGCGUUAUGCCAUCUCUGUGACUCUUUGUCUAGAGUUUGUACAGCUACGUGAUUAUCUGUCUAUGUCAAUGUGAAUAUUCUGUCCGUGUACGUGAAAUAUAUUUAACUAAAGUUUUUUUAACUCGCAAAAAGAUACCCAGAGAGAGAGGGGGGAGGGGAGAGACGGAGAGUUUUAAACGUGAAAUCGUUUUGGUGGUGUCCAGGGAGGAAAGGAUCGUGAUAAUUCUUACUUUUUAUGCACUUUUUAUUUACUACCGAGUCCGAAAACGUCGCUGUUGGUGAGGAAACCGCGAGCCGGCUGUCGCUACAGUGACUGGAUCAGCGUCACAGGCUGUCACGUGCCUCGUCGCUGUCACGUGCCUCGUCGCUGUCACGUGCCUCGCCGCCGCCAUGAGGGAGGAGAUUGCGGCUGCGGUGUUCUUCUUGACGCGCCUCGCGCGCAAGGGUGAGCGCCUGGACGAGCGCCGCGUGGCGCGCCUCACCGCCAAACUCACGGCGGGCCUCCUUGACCGCUACAAGAACCACUGGUACCCUGAGCAGCCCAGCCGUGGACAGGCCUACAGGUGCCUGCGCAUGAACGGCAUCGCGGCGGUGGACCCGGUGCUGGCGACGGCGUGUGAGGCGAGCGGCGUCGCCUACGUGGAGCUGUGCCUCCCGCGUGAGCUCACCGUCUGGGUCGACCCUGGGGAGGUCAGCUGCAGGUACGGCGAGAAGAGCCACGCGUUCACUGUCACGAGUCUCGCUUGGGGCAGCGAGCCGGCCUCGCUCAGCAUCAGCGCCGCCGUGGAGAGGGCCACUGGUGACUCCACCACCGGCUCCUCUCCCCCAUCUUCUCCGGCCUUCUCCACCGUCGCCCUCACCGCCUCCUCCUCGUCGUCCAUUUCUUCCUCCGUCGCGUCUCUCCACUCGGACGACGCCGCGGGGAACUUCCAGGCGGCGCAGCCAAUCGAGACGGUUUGCAACCCCAACAGCGUCUACCAGGUGCAGCAGCAGCAGCAGCAGCAGCAAGCCCGCGCGUUCUCCGCAUCGGUGCCGUCGUCGCUGUCAUCGUCGUCGCUGUCGUCCUCCGCAUCGUCGUCUGCCGCACCGGAGUGGGGAUGCUCUCGCACGGACGCCUCUCUGCUGCUGUUCCCCUCCUCCACCGCUGCGUGCUUCACGGCGCUGACUCUGCCUCCCCAUCUUCCUCCUCCCCCGCAUCAUCCUCCCACCCUGGCCGCCCGCCCUCCGCGCGGCUUCCCGGGCAAGGCGGCCCCCCGCCUCUGCCUGCCCCUGCGGCGUCGCGCCGAGAGGCCGCGUCCCUACGACGGCUGCCGUGGCGGCAGGAGGGUGCGAGCGGGCCGAGGGGCCGACCGUUUCCACUGGGUCAACCCGGCCACCCUCGCCAAGGCUGCGGCCACCGGCUGGAGGCCCCUGGCGGUCGACGCCUACAACCCCGUCUACUUCUGCUGAGCGCCACCCCAGGCAACGCGCGGA